GAUCCGUCGGCAGGGAUGCCCACUCCUCCAUGGCAACUGAUCCCAUCUCUGAUGUUUUGGAAGAUUUUUUUUGAUUGUGGACGACCUGCAAUGAUAAAGGUCGAAAAAGACAAGGGAUGGGCGUUCGUAGUUUUAUUCGCAGCAUGUGGAAUUCAGCUUUUUACAGCGAUUUUUACCUAUGGAUCCGGAGUAAUGCACCUGUACCUACUUGACAAAUACAGAAAAGAUGACGCCACCACAUCAGUGAUUGGAUCUUUAUUUGUCAACCUACUGAGUGUUUUUGGGCUUCUUGCAUCUUACUUCAUCAAUAAAUGGAGAUGCAGAUUUACCUCACUCAUUGGAGCUAUCAUCCUCUUUUUAGGAUUGACCUCUUCAUCUUUCGCCAGUUCAUUUUGGAUCCUAGUUAUAACAAAUGGAAUUAUUUCAGGCAUAGGAGUAGGGCUUGCUCUUUUACCUGCUCUUUUUGCAGUUGGUGUAAAUUUUGAGAAACAUUCUGGAGUUGCUCAUGGCAUGUGUCAAGCAGGGUUAGGUAUUGGGAUGACUCUUAGCGGACCUUUCAUGGAAUAUCUAUUGAGAGAAUAUGGAUUGCGAGUCAUUGGAAUUGGAACCAUAAUAUCAAGACUAGUGGUUGGUGUGGCUAUAGGCCCAGGUGGUCUAGAUCCACUUAUGCUUAACGUUGCACUAACAGCCUGCAUGGGCGUGGUGAUUGGGACCUUUCCUUUUUAUAUCAGCUCAAAUUCAGGUUAUAUAAUAUUUUCCGUGAUGUAUGGAGUCGUGAGUGGCGGACUUAACGUUUUUACCGUUCCAUUAUGCGUUUCCUUGGCGGGAAAAGAAUAUUUAUCGGAAGCUCUGGGAAUUUGGUUCUUACUUCUAGGACUGGGAUCGCUCAUUGGUGCACCCGCUGCAGGAUUUAUCUUUGACAGGACAGGGUCAUAUGCAUACUCCUACUUUAUAAUGGGCAUGUUGGUUUUGUUAGCAUCCUUUCUAUCGCUGGGAGUGGCACUCUGUCUGAGGCAAAGGAAGAAGGAACAAAAUAGAGAUAACCUGUCUCAGCUCAGUGUUAGUGUGAUAACAGGGACAACAAACACAUUGUAAAUGAAGAAAAGAUAUGUAAAACAAUUUGAUCAUUUUCCAGCCUGCAGCAACAAUUUUGGACCAGUGAAUUUUAUGUUUAUUGUUUUACAGUUUUAGUAUAAGCAUAAUGUUCCUUUUUGCAGAAAUGAUAUCAUUAUGAUUUUCCCAUAGGAAAGCAAGCUAAUGCAUUAACAAUUGUACAAAAAUGUUCUUAAAAAUUCCUCACUAGGCAGGAGCUUGAACGAAAAAUAUCCUCACUUCUCAAUGGCCCUUAGUAUGAAUCAUAUUGUUUGCCUACUUGAUAUAGCUCAAUUGCUUUACAUGUAAUUAUACAUCUCUCCCUCUAAAUUUAAAUGCAAGAAAAAUAAGAAUAAGAACUUUGUAAUUUAGAUGUCUAUUUUUCUUUUGAGCAAUAAGUUGAUUCUCAUUUGUAACUCUGUACCCUUUUCAUUUGUUCGUUCUAUAAUAUGUUUUUUUACAUAGAAAAUAUCUAAUGACUUAAAAAAUAUUUUGCUAGGAAUUAUAAUCAUGCAUAUACUAAGUACUUGGUUAAGGUUUCUUGAUAGAAAAGAAAUAAUUUCAUGAAUAUUUAGGCUAUAGUUACAUAUACUUAUAACUAUCGUUAAUUCUGCAACAGUCACUAGAAACGUCUCCCAAAGAAUAACAAGGAAAUACGUUUUGUGCAACUGUUACAAGAUUCUAAUCAAAAAUAUAUAAAAAUAUACAUAAAUUGUAAAGUAAAAUUGGAGUUUGGAGAUGCAUUAGUGCAUUAAGAAACAGAUGAAUAAGACGUUUCUGACUUAUUAUCGUAUUUAAUCACUAGAUUAGCAUAUUUAAAGUAGCAUGUAUAAAUAAAAGAUAUAAAAUGUUAUUUAGAUAAAUUCAUAAAUUCAAAUUUAGGUAAGACACUUUAACAAUUUUUCCUUUGAAGUAUUUUAAACCCUUUUAAGAUUCCUUCUCGUGUUUUCUUGUGUUUUAGUUGCAUAACAUUAAAAUAUUUAAAACUUAAGCCCUCACGCAUCGAUUCUCUCACUUAUUUCCAAAUUUUCGUUCAAAAGUCUAUAUGAGCGCAUUUCCAUAAAUAGAUAUUACAGGCGAUAUAGGACAAUGUUCUUCACAAUAAAAGUAUUCUACUGAGAAAAAAUUAUUAAAUCAUAUUCCAGAAUUAUAAAAGUUAUCAAAACCACUGUACACUAGAUAUAAAAUAAUGAACUGGAGAAAACAUACAUAUGGAAUGAAAUUCUUUUAAAACCUAAAUUAAUGUUCCAGCGAAAGCAGAAAAAUUCAACAACUUUACGAUAAUGCAGCAUUAAGUCGAAUACUUACAAUCAACAACUGAAAUUAAUGUAAAUAAAUAGUUUAUAAAAUUGAUUUCUUUUGGGCGAUCAUCUUAUUUGAUAACAAUUUACAU